GGUAGAAGAAGGCCUCCUGUGGCGGCGUCGGUCGGGUUUCGAAAGGGCUAGACGAAGCCGCGAGCGGGUGACAGGCGGACGGGAUGUCUGGGCCUACGGGAGGUUCGGCGGGCUCGGCCCGAAAGCGGCUGCUGAAGGAGGAGGACAUGACCAAAGUGGAGUUCGAGACCAGCGAGGAGGUGGACGUCACCCCCACCUUCGACACCAUGGGCCUCCGCGAGGACCUCCUGCGCGGCAUCUACGCCUACGGUUUUGAGAAGCCUUCAGCUAUCCAGCAGAGAGCUAUCAAACAGAUCAUUAAAGGAAGAGAUGUGAUUGCACAAUCACAGUCUGGAACAGGCAAAACAGCAACAUUUUCCAUCUCCGUUCUACAGUGUCUGGACAUCCAGGUUCGUGAAACGCAAGCAUUGAUAUUGGCACCUACCAGAGAAUUGGCAGUACAGAUUCAGAAGGGGCUUCUUGCUCUUGGUGACUACAUGAAUGUCCAGUGUCAUGCUUGUAUUGGUGGGACCAACGUUGGUGAAGACAUCAGGAAGCUAGAUUACGGACAGCAUGUUGUUGCUGGCACACCGGGCCGUGUAUUUGAUAUGAUCCGUCGCAGAAGUCUAAGAACUCGUGCCAUCAAAAUGUUGGUUUUGGAUGAAGCUGAUGAGAUGCUCAAUAAAGGUUUUAAAGAGCAAAUUUAUGAUGUGUACAGAUACCUUCCUCCAGCAACACAGGUGGUUCUGAUCAGUGCCACCUUGCCACAUGAGAUAUUGGAGAUGACCAACAAAUUCAUGACUGACCCCAUCCGCAUUCUGGUCAAGCGUGAUGAGUUGACGCUAGAAGGGAUCAAACAGUUCUUUGUGGCGGUGGAGAGGGAAGAAUGGAAGUUUGAUACAUUGUGUGACCUGUAUGACACACUCACCAUCACACAGGCUGUCAUCUUCUGUAACACCAAGAGAAAGGUUGACUGGCUGACUGAGAAGAUGAGAGAAGCAAACUUCACUGUUUCAUCCAUGCAUGGUGACAUGCCCCAGAAGGAAAGGGAGUCCAUCAUGAAAGAAUUCAGAUCUGGGGCAAGCCGAGUUCUUAUUUCUACAGAUGUUUGGGCCAGAGGUUUGGAUGUUCCUCAGGUGUCCCUGAUUAUUAACUAUGACUUGCCCAACAACAGAGAAUUGUAUAUACACAGGAUUGGUAGAUCAGGCCGCUACGGCCGGAAAGGUGUCGCCAUCAACUUUGUAAAGAAUGACGACAUCCGUAUUCUGCGAGACAUUGAGCAGUACUAUUCCACUCAGAUUGAUGAAAUGCCCAUGAAUGUUGCUGACCUUAUUUGAAGGAACAGGAUGGACUGAAGACUUUUAGCUGUGAUUUGUUACAGCACCGGCUGCUGUUCACUGCUUAUCUUAAGACCAUAUUGUUGUAACUCUAAAAUAGCUGUAUGUACAUCUGAUUCAGUUAGGCCUGUACUUCUGAAUAUGGUUCUGAAAGAUCAGAGUUGGUGAAAAUCAUAUUGGAAGCAGCUACAAGUUUGUGGUGAUAUUUUUUUUAAAAAAACAUUUUCAUUGUGGGAAUAUCCUAAAUGUAGAAAACUGUCCUUUUAAUUUUCUUGAUGGAAGCUGUAAAAGUAGCAUCUCUGUAAAUAAGGUGUCCUUUGUCA